UCGUCAACUCAUCGUCAACUGAUCUAAAACAAAACAAGAUACUAUCCCUGCUCGGAAGUGAUCGCCGCCCCUAGCUAUCGGGUCUCUCUUCUCGCAGCCUCUCGUCGCGUCCCUGGUCAUGCCUGUUUCUCUGAUUGUCGCUCCUUAGCUGGUCGCCGCUCACUUUCUCUUCGUUGUUGCAAGUGUUUUUUAAUCUUUGGUUUCAAAUGUAAUUCGAUUCAUUAUCAUUUGCUUAAGUUGAAUGACGGAUACUGUUUAUUCAUCAUCCUUGCAUCAACUUUGACUCCGUAUGAUGGAAUGAGAUGGAGGAAGUUGAAGUGUAUGAGCAUAUGGCUAUAAUUUCUUUUCCCUGAUGUAUUUAACAAACAUUAAAGAAACAGGUAUAAUGGAGAUUUCACUAUUAAAAGUGCUUCUCAACAAAAUCACAAGCUUCUUUGUUAUAUCAUCUCGGGAGAACAUAAACUUUUCACUGGCACAUAAGUAUUAUGGGACAGCAGAAGGCAUACUGAAGCUGUUAAUGCCGAUUCUCAACAGCACUAUCGAUUCUGAAGUAGCCUCUGAGGAACUGUUACAGAAGGCUUUUGCUGGACUGUCCGAUUCAAUUGAUCAACUAAGGAAACUAUAUGAAACCUGGGAGCCAUUCAGUAGUAAAAUAUAUUUUGUUUUGCAAGCUCAAUUAUUAAUUGCAGAAGCUCAGAGUUGCAGCCUGGAAAUUCUCGAGCUUCUUGCAUCUUCUAAUUGUUCGCUUCGUACCGAAGCAAGCUUGACGACUCUUCAGCACUCUAUGCUGAAAAUAAAGUCUAUGAAUUGUGAACCGUUACCAGCACUAUUAAAUAAAGCUAUAAAAGAUCAAGUUGAAGGUUCUGCAACGAGCAGCGAUAGCAUGGCAAAAAUUGCUGACUCCUUUAGCUUAAAGUCAAACCAGGAGCUUCUCAUUGAGCUAGUGGCACUUGAUAAGCUGAAGGAGAAUGUAGAACAAGCAAAAAGGAGUGAUGAAAUUGAGUAUAUUGAACAGAUAAUUGCUCUUGUUAGUCAUAUGCAUGAAUCCCUCGUAAUGAUGAAACAUUCUGAGAGCUGUACUACCUCUGUGACAAUACCCCCGGAUUUUUGCUGUCCUCUCUCACUUGAGCUCAUGAGGGACCCAGUAAUCGUUUCAUCUGGACAGACAUAUGAGCGAGCCUUCAUUCGAAAUUGGAUUGACCUUGGCCUCACCGUCUGCCCUAAGACACGACAAACCCUUGCUCAUACAAACCUUGUCCCGAACUACACUGUCAAGGCAUUUAUUGCAAAUUGGUGCGAAUCAAAUCAAAUAAAGCUUGUUGAUCCAGUAAAACCCGUGAGCUUGGAAUGUAGUGCACCCAGGAACAAUCAUAUAUUUCCCCAUUCAAGGGCUAAUAAUUCCACUUCACCUGAUUCAUCUCGCUCUUUUGGCUCCCCAUCUCCAAGGAAAGAUUCAUUCUCCUCCACUGCAAUCCAAAUAGAGACAACAUCUCGCCCUCGUCCCCAUUCAUCUUCAGAGGAGGAAUCUUUGGCAGGAAGUGGAGGUAAUCGGUUGGAUGUUGAACAAAUGUCUCUUGAGAGUUCAGAAGAUGGAAAUCCCGAAAACUCGGGAAAAAGGAGUAUUGACUCGAUUAGCCACUUUUCUAUGCCAUUAUCUACGAGUCAUGUGUCAUCAGCUGAUGAUGAAGAUUUACACCAUGGUCAUAACCGGACCUCCUCUGCACCAACCAUGCUGUCCUCUGAUUCAAAACUCACGCAUGUAAACGCUGAGGAUGAUGGAAAUGCAAUGUCAUCAUCUGCUGCUGGUGUUUCUGUCUCUUCUGCAGAGGCUGUUGCUUCAGAUUCCACACCCCCUUCUUAUGCAGUAGCUGCUGGGACAAGGCCCUCAUCAUCAAUGUGGCGUAGGUCAUCUGAAGCAUUUGUUCCGAGAAUAGUUUCUUCACCUUCUGUUGGAACAAGGGCUGAUAUUGCGCUAGUGGAAGAGCAAGUUAGAAAGUUGGUUGAGAACUUGAAGAACACUUCCAUUGAUUUGCAGAGAGAAGCCUCGGCUGAAAUCCGACUACUGGCCAAACAUAAUAUGGAUAAUCGUAUCGUGAUUGCGAAUUGUGGUGCUAUUAAUGUAUUGGUUGACUUACUGCGUUCAGUGGACCGACAAGUGCAGGAAAAUGCUGUCACUGCACUCCUUAACCUAUCGAUUAAUGAUAACAACAAGUCUGCAAUUGCUAAUGCCAGUGCAAUAGAACCUCUGAUUCAUGUGCUUGAGACGGGGAGUGCAGAGGCUAAAGAAAACUCUGCCGCCACUCUUUUCAGCCUUUCUGUUAUGGAGGACAACAAGAUAAAGAUUGGGAACUCUGGAGCGAUACAACCUCUUGUUGAUUUAUUGGGGAACGGAACUCCAAGGGGAAAGAAAGAUGCGGCCACAGCUUUGUUUAACUUGUCAAUACAUCCCGAGAACAAGACCCGGAUUGUACAGGCGGGUGCGGUGAGAUACCUCGUGGACUUGAUGGACCCAGCUGCUGGCAUGGUUGAUAAAGCCGUUGCUGUUCUGUCAAACCUGUCUACCAUUCAGGAGGGAAGGGUAGCUAUUGGUCAGGAAGAAGGGAUCCCCGUUCUGGUUGAGGUUGUUGAAUUGGGAUCUGCAAGGGGUAAGGAAAAUGCAGCUGCUGCUCUGCUGCAGUUAUGCACAAACAGCGGUAAGCACUGUAAUAUGGUUCUCCAAGAAGGCGCUGUACCUCCAUUAGUGGCUUUAUCACAAUCUGGCACCCCCAGAGCAAGAGAAAAGGCUCAAGCACUUCUUAGCUACUUCAGGAAUCAACGUAAUGCUGGCAGGAACUGAUUUUGUAAAAUUGUGCUUUGGACAGCAUACGAUGUUUUAGGUAAGAGGUUAUUGUGUCUGUGUUGUGUGUAAAUCUGGUGAUAGAAAUAGUUGGUUUAGAUUCUAUUUCAUGUAAUUUUUUAUACGUGGAAGUGAGAUGGCUUUUGACAUGAACACGUACACUUAUGCCUGAACAUGUAAGAUUUCUCCUUCACUGCAAUAUUUAUACCAGUAUUAUUUUCACAGCAAGUGCUACUUUCCAGAUGAAACAAUGUACGUGCUGCAGUUUUUGUUUCCUGUGGGAAAGGAAAAUACUAGUUGUAAGUUUGUAACUAAUAAUAUUGUCAUUAAAAUGUUAUCGUCAAC